AUGACGUUAAUUCAAAGAGGAUAUCAACCAGAUCUGCAUGAUACAUGGGGAUGGACGCCACUGUCGCUGGCUGCUACACGAGGGCAUGCGGAAACGGUCCGGCUUCUAGCCGGCCUGGGUGCUGACCUGGAGCCGGUACACAGAGACUUGGGUUAUACCCCAAUGAUAUGGGCAACUCAGCAAAGUCACGAGGCUGUAGCCCGCCUACUUAUUGAGCUAGAUGCGGACCUAGAAUAUCAGGAUAAGAACGGCUGGGCACCUUUGAUGAUAGCGACUUGGUUCGAUUAUCAGGCGAUGGUCCGUUUACUGGAUGAGUUAGGUGCGAACCUAGAAUAUCAGAACAAGGACGGCUGGACAUCUUUAAUGACAGCGACUCGGCUCGAUAAACGGGCGAUGAUCCGUUUACCGGUCGAUUUGGGUGCCGGCCCAGGACGUUAG